UACAAUGCGUACUGUCAAGUAUGAGAGGAUUUUCUUAAAUAUUUCUUAUGAAAGUUGUACAUUUUUAAAAUGUCAAACUCAGAUAAAAAAUGAUUCAAAAAUUAGCAUGUCAACACAGUGAAUGAGUUGUACAGAGUGAGUCAAAAUCAUCAAGGGUUGUAGGCUACAGCCAUGCAAGGUUUAUUUUUGCUAGCAGGACAUUCUGUUACAUGACUCCCCAUACCUGUUGGCCUUUAGCCAGAGAGAGACCUGCUGAAUGGAGCCACUGGGCUGUUGAUUAUUAACAUGUAAUUGGCCACUAGCUGCACUAUGCUCAAUGGGGCAAAACCAACCACUUAACUCUCUCAUGUCUGCUUAACUGCAGCUCUGACCUUUUAACUCAUGGUUGAGCUAUGUAGUCAUUCAUUUUGUGCAUCAAAACUUAAGAUCACACAGAUUUAUGGGCGCACACAGCAUAAUUGUAAUGCAAGCAGAAGAGAUGGUACAGAAAGGCAUUGCAUAUGGUGACGUUGCUCCGUUUGCUAUCGUUUUCAUAUGAAGCAGAUUUGUGCAACUCACAUCCUUGUUUACCAAGAAAUCAUUUCCAAGUAUGCCACAUUUUAAUUGUUUGUUGACUAGUUGCUUAAAAUAAGGCAGCAUGCGCUCCAUAUUGAGCCACAGCACUCAGCAAACAGCAUUUCCCCAGAUCAUUUAUCUACCACAAAAAAACUCAAAUUCAAUAAGCAAAGAGAAAUGGCUCUCAUUACAAGAGACAGAUGCUGUAACAAACAAUAACCCGUAGUGUCAGACAAAUAAUAAGUCAGGAGGGAGAGCAACUGUUUAAAAAAAUUAUCCCAAAAGACAACACAGGCAAAAAUCCUCUCUGCUAAGGUGCCAUUCAGCAAGAAUUUACCAGUUAUAAUGAAGACUUUUUAUAUUGUACAGUACAGACUUCACCUCUCAGACAAGAGUUUAGAAAGCAGCUAAAUUAAUUUGGCACCAUCAUGUGCCUUUGCUUACUGAAGGUCAGUCCAUGCUGCCUAAAACUGAACAUGCACUACAGUGACCACUGUCCGGGAGCGGUGUCAGAUCGCAUCGUGUGUUGAGAGUCUCUCGGGACCCCUCCUGGAGGAGCUGGCAUAUAAAACGAGCGACUCGCCCCUCCCGGACAAAGUGAGAUUCAGCCUGGCUCGACGCGCCUGUGCUGCGCUUCAUGGAUGCUUCAGCACUUCAGCAUCCUCAGCCCUGCCCAGCUCAGCGGAAUUAACGCUGUGUUACCGGACGAAUAACCGCUCUCUGCUCUUUAAGCUACUAUAUACUACAUAUACUAGAGUGUUGCUGGUGCUGCCAUGGCGAACAGAGGGCCCAGCUAUGGACUGAGCCGGGAGGUGCAGGAAAAGAUCGACCAGAAGUACGACCCAGACCUGGAGCAGAGGUUGGUGGACUGGAUAGUUGCACAGUGUGGAGGAAACCUGGAGAGACCACAGGCGGGCAAACAGAACUUCCAGAAGUGGCUGAUGGAUGGAACAAUCCUCUGUAGACUCAUCAACAGCCUUUAUCCAAGGGGGAAGGAGCCCAUCAAGAAGAUCCCAGAGACUCAAAUGGCCUUCAAACAAAUGGAGAAGAUCUCUCAGUUCCUGCAGGCUUCAGAAGCUUACGGAGUGACAACCACUGACAUCUUUCAAACUGUCGAUCUCUGGGAAGGAAAGGACAUGGCAGCGGUGCAAAGGACCCUAAUGGCUCUGGGGAGUGUGGCCGUCACUAAGGACGACGGUCAUUACAGAGGUGACCACGACUGGUUCCAUAGGAAAGCCCAGGGGUAUCGACGAGAGUUCACCGAAGAGCAGCUGCGUCAAGGACAGAGUUUGAUUGGCCUGCAGAUGGGCAGCAACCGCGGGGCUUCCCAAGCCGGCAUGACGGGCUACGGUAUGCACCGUCAGAUCAUGUAGACCACCUACUACCUAACCUCCUCUGCUUCCAGACCCUUAUUUUCUACUAAUACCACAAAUGUUGUAGCCCCAAAACCUACCUAUCCUUUGUAGCACCUGCCGUGUUAACCUCAACCUCCCUGGAAUUGCUGCUUUUCCCAGACAGAGUGUUCAAUCUGCAUCCUAAAAAAAUGAUGUCAAAUGCUGUAGAUCUCCGUCUAGCUAUCUUCCUCUUGCUCUCCCCUUAUGCCAUGUGCUAUUCCCUCCUUAGCUUUAUUGACUCUGUUUCCUGAUUUUCCAUGUCCAAAUGAUUACUUGAUGUGAAACUCGAAGUCAUUCAACAUCAAUUUAGUCUUAUAGAGAACUAAAGAUUGAAAUCUCCUUACAAAACAGGCCAUCAGUGUUAUACAUAUUUUGUAUAUUUUAAAUCGGAAAUACUGUAAGACACUGUUACAGCAUGUUGAGUGCUAUUUAUUUGUAUUUAUGUAUUCUUUUAUUUAAAUGUAUCAUUGGUCAUUGUUUUAGGAUUUGUUCUGUUACUGUGUAAUUAUUUUGCCUUAAACCUAAUGGCUCAAUGACUGACGAUGUCUCUGCUAUCUUGUCUGAAGACUUGUUGCAGUAUCCUCUGUAACCAAAUCAACCUCACGUUGUGCCUGGUUAUGGGACUACAGAGACUGGGUCCUGAUAUAUUGGCCUCAAAUUAUAAAUGAAUUUCAUUCCUUCUGAGCCAUGCCCUUGUUAUUUGUUAGAUUACAUCUUUGUCCGUGAUGUGUCCAUUUUGUUGUCCAAGCAAGUACAUCAAUGUGCAGCAGCCAACAUGUAUGACAGUGAAGUUUCCGUUUUUGGUGCCAGGUAAAGACAUUGCUUGAAUGUGCACAUUUAUGUAUUGUCAUGUUUAUAUUUUUAAAUAUAUUUAUAUCUGAAGGCUUGUGAGAAGAAUUAUUGAAAAAAUAAAGUAUG